CAGAUUUAUUUUCCAGCUUCCUUCUUAGUUUGGUCACAGCUUAUGAUGAUGGUCAAAUAUCUGUCAUGUGUCUGAGGAGAGGAGUCAUUAAAAACAUGAAGCAGGACGACAACACAACUGACCACCAUAGGAGGUGGAGGGGAGAGACGCCUGGAGAGACGCCUGGAGAGACACCUGGAGAGACACCUGGUGUGACGCCUGGAGAGACACCUGGAGAGACACCUGGUGUGAUACCUGGAGAGACACCUGGAGAGACACCUGGAGAGACACCUGGUGUGACACCUGGUGUGACACCUGGAGAGACACCUGGAGAGACACCUGGAGAGACACCUGGUGUGAUACCUGGUGUGACGCCUGGUGUGACGCCUGGAGAGACGCCUGGAGAGAGACCUGGAGAGACACCUGGAGAGACACGUGGUGUGAUCCGAUCAACCCCCCCAGGCUCCAGUCCCUUACAUGAAGCUGGUUCUCCGUUCUUGAAUUGGACGUCUCUUUGACUGGAUGGUGGAAACAUUCAAUCACUGCCAGGUUAGGAAACAUGUUAGCAUGCUCCUUCCACCACCAUCAAACCUCCAAAGGAUCUGAACUCCAUGUAGGCUGCCACCUCAUCCUCGGGCUGCAAAGUGUCAUGGCUGGAGUCCUCCACGUCUGUGACCAGUGUGACCACGAGGUCAAAGG